AUGGAAAAACGAAGUGCGGGCCAUGUUGGUGACUGGCGAUCGGACUUGUUGUCGAGCGUGGAUGACAUUGACUCGGAAAGCGUCGACAGCAUUGCGUCUGAAACCGGAGUAUAUAUUGUGAUGCAAUCUUUCCGGAAAAUUUGGAAUAAACCUCGUCCAGAUGAUUGGAUGCCACUUGCCAGAUUCUACUAUGCCGAUUCAGCGUUGAAUGACAUUGCAAGCGAGCUCGAUUCGUUCGAUGGCAGACGGGAUCCGGACAGAUGUAAUGCUUUGGUCACCAGACUUCGUGUGGCUCAGGAUCGGGUUCUUCAUAUCAUUACUGAAAUGCUGAUACAUUUGUACCCACGAGAGCAGGAUCGAGCAUGUCGAGACUUCCGCGUCAAGUUUCCCGAUGAAAUUCUACACGACACAUUGCCAGGACAACUGUGGUUUGGCGCGGAGUGCCUCUCUGCUGGAUCCAACAUCAUCGAUCACGAAUCAGAAUCAGAUCUAAUUCGACCGUUGGCAAAAGAAGUCACAAAACAGCUUGACCUGCUCAGAGACUUACUCAAGAAUCAAUCGUUACGGGACCCAUCUGCAUACAAUCCUGUGAUCAAGGAAAACUUGCUAAAGUUUGACAAACUAUUCGCAGAUUUUGAAUAUCAAUAUGUGUCUGCAAUGGUUCCAGUCAAAUCCAUCAAAGAGCAUGAUUCUCAGCUGGAUGUUGCAGUUCUUUUCUCAGAAGUCUUAUCUUUGGCGUUACGAAAAGAUCUAAUCACGCAGGAUCUGAUCGACUACUGUGAUCCAUCAGUCAUGAUUGCCAUUCCAAGACUUGGCAUUGUUUGGGGACUUCUCGUGUACUCCGAGGGAGCUCUCAACGUUGAUUCACCAGCCGAUCACUUGUCAGAGAUGUUCCGACCAUUCUACUCGUUGCUUGUUAAGAUCCGCAACUUGUUGAGAAUUCUGACUCCAGUCGAAUUGACCAAACUGGAAACUGUUCUUUGCAAAGGAGAGACGUCUGUUCCAGAGGACACUUCUAGUACUCUUACGAUGAGUGACUUCCGAACAAAUGCGACUGAUGAGGAAAAGGCAAAGAACAACCAAAGAGUGUGGAUGUGUGACAUGCCAUCGGAUAGCACAAGCUCUUUGGACUCUGACAUUCGGGAUAGUGCGAGUGAAGCCACUUCUCUUGCUUCUUCUGGAUUGACCAGCCCAAACUCUGGAAGUGAAGAAAAUGUCAGCCAAAUGGAAAAGUCAGAUGAAGAGAUUGAUGAGGAAGCUAUUGAAACUGCAUCAACAGUCGAAACUGAAAAUGAUAGUGGGAAUGAGAACGUUGAAAUGAUUGAAGCUUCUGAAGUUGAGAAUGAUGUCGAGACUGAGUCAAACUCAAGCGACAAUGUAAAUGAGAUUAAAACUGAUGAUGAUAUGACGGCUGAGCAGUUUGAAAACAAGAAUCUCAAAGAUUCAGUGCUGCCGUUGGACCAGAAAGAUUUCGAAAAGAAUGGCAAAACAAUCAUUCCAAUGCAGAGCGACCCAAGAGCUCAAAUCGACCCGAAAAACCUGAGAUCUCGGUUCCGGUCUUCUGAAGACCUUGUCCAUCGUCUAUUCGUGUGCAUUGCUGGUGUUGCUGAUCAACUUCAAACCAACUAUUCGAGUGAAAUCAGAAAAGUGUUGAAGAUCAUUCUGCAGCCAUCGGAAAUUAUACCCGUCUACGAGGUGGUCAACGCGCAAGUUGCGAAUUCUCAAACCGAAGGAGAAGAAACCGGCGUUGAAGCCCAGGAGACAUUACCACUUCCUGCAUUCAUGGGUGUCCGUUGGGUUCCCGAUGAAGAUUGCGAGCAAUGCACGGCCUGCUCCAUGCCAUUCAACUUCGUGCGUCGACGUCAUCACUGCAGAAAUUGUGGACGCAUUUUCUGUCACAAAUGUUCAUGCAACACCAUCAGCAUUCCGGAACACGGAUAUGACAGAAAGGUACGCGUCUGCAAUCUCUGUUAUGUUCACCGUCUCAAUCCAUUCGGAUGUAACGAGCAAAACCAAGCUUCCGAGAAUAGUGCAAAUGCGACUUCCGUUGCUGAGCAAUCUACAGCUCAAGCUGCAUCUGCAUCCUCCUGA